CCAUCCCGCACCGAAUCCAUAUCCGCCAUGCGCUCUGUUCUCCCUGCGUUGCUCUGGCUCUCGGCCGCGGCUGCCCCCAUGGCCUUGGCCCAGCCUGCGUACAGCUGCGAUCCAACCGUCUGCAAGCUGCCCAACUGCACCUGUGCCAGCCCCACACCUCCUGGCGGCAUCGCCCCGCAGCAGGCUCCCCAGUUCCUGAUGCUGACCUUUGAUGAUGCCUUGACCCAAGACACCUAUGAUGUGGUCACGGCCUUGGCUGGAAGCCGCAAGAACCCAAACGGCUGUCCAGCCCAGAUCACAUUCUACACCCAAACCUACUACACCGACCCCCUCUUGGUAACCCAGCUCUAUGCCCGCGGCCACGAGAUCGCCGACCACACCAUGUCCCACGGCGCCUAUCCCGGCCCUCAGAAGGCCGGUGUCUAUGAAUACAUCGAAUACGAAGGAAACCGCGCUUUCCUCAACCGAUACGCCGGCAUUCCUCUUGGCAAGAUCAAAGGUGUUCGUUUCCCAUUCCUGAACUACAGUACCGAUGCCCUCAACAUGAUGAAGAAGAUGGGAUUCCUCUAUGACUCCUCGAUGAAGGCCACGGGAUGUACCGACCAGGUCAACGUUUGUGGUGAUCCAAACUUGAAAGCUCAAGGAAUGUGGGAGGUUCCACUGUACGAGACCGGAGGUGCCAGCGGUAUCCAUCUCAUGGAUCCUUACAACGAUCCCACCAUCACCAACCCCAUCUCGCUCGACACUGUCUAUUCCGAGUACGCCUCGACCUUCGACAGCCACUACAACGGGAACCGGGCCCCCUUUGGCGUUUACACACACCCUGUCUGGCUCACCGGCGCCUCGACCUCGCCCAACGGCCUCAACAAACAGGCCACGGUCGCAAAGUUCCUCGACUAUGCAAUGAGCAAACCCGAUGUGUGGAUGAUCACCGGAUCCCAGAUGGUCGAGUACAUGAAGAACCCGGUCCCGGCCAGCCAGCUCGGCUCGCAGCCAUACAUGCAGUGCAAGAACACGGCGCCGACCAACAUCUGCAACGGACUCGGACCGGCGUCGCUUGCCGAGACAUGCAACUUCCUCACCGGCACAAUGCAUACCUGCUAUGGCUGUCCCAGCGUCGUUCCCGACAUCCCGAACCCACUUCCUUCGUCGAGCAGCAGCCGCUAUCCCCUCCCGACCAACUGCGACACACUCUGGUGGGACCCGGUUGCGGGCAAGUGUCUCUGCAACGACGCCUCGUGUGCCUAUCAGGACCAAGCUCGCCCCAUCAACUUUGAUCAAGGCUCGCUCGAUGCCGCGAACAGCACAGGCAAUACCCCUUCUCCGACUGGAUCCGGCAAAAGCCAUGCCUUCGCCACCAGUCCGUCGUCGGUUGUCUUGUCUGUCCUUGCAUUUGGUGCUCUCGCUAUGAUGAUCUAG